GGAUGCGGGAACAAGGUCUGUCACCGUCAUCUCCGUUUAUACAUAUCGCAUCUGUGCCCCCGCAUUCUUCUGAAUCUUUCACUUCCACUUCUCAAACCGACGCUGUCUCUGUCUCUGUCUCUCUUUCCACUUUCUCUCUCUAAAGAAAAUGGCAUCCAAUAGGGGUCAAGGUGGAAUUCAGCAGUUGCUUGCUGCAGAGCAAGAAGCUCAGCACAUCGUCAAUGCCGCCCGAAGUGCUAAAAUGGCUAGACUGAAGCAAGCCAAAGAUGAGGCUGAGAGGGAGAUUGCUGAAUACCGUGCCCAUGUGGAGUCGGAGUUCCAGAAGAAAGUUCAAGCGAGCAGUGGAGAUUCUGGUGCUAAUGUGAAGCGUCUUGAAUAUGAAACUGCGGAAAAGAUCAAUCACCUAUCAACAGAGGGCUCUAGGAUUUCGAGUGAGGUUGUGCAAAUGCUCCUGAAGCAGGUGACGACGGUGAGAAACUAAUCCCAUUGGUGAUAAAUUGUAAUUUCAAACUCUUUGCAAGGAUUUUAUUCUUGUGCCUGAUUCAUCAUCCUAGGACUUGUGUUUUUGUUGGUAUCCUCGUAUCGGUUAUUUAGUAAGUUGUGGAGCAUUUUGUUCAGAAAAUAAGCUUAAUGUGUAUCAUUUUCGGAAGAAAAAAAUAAUGUUGCAGAAAUUGUUGGGCCAAUUGAGUGAAACUUGGUACUAGUUACAUUGUAUCCUGUUUUAGUCAGUGGAAUAGGGCUUCAUUUGGCACCAUUCAUGUAAAACUUAUCAAGUUUUUCGAGGAGUGGAAUGCAAUUUUAACAAUUGUUAUGAA